GCGGCGCCGGUCGAGGCGAGCGCAGUCGUCAGAAGCAUGUCGCGAUGCCAAACGAUCCGUAGGCACAUGAAGCAGCACGACGUGACGGCCAAGACCGCCGAGCUCGCGCUGGACCCCGAGGGCCAGUACGCAGCGUACCUCGAGGACGAGAUGCGCUUCUUCCAGGAGAGCCACAAGAUUCCGCUGGGCUGCGUCAAGGACAUUUUGCGCUCGCACUACCGGUCGCUGCGCACGCUCAAGCACGUGCUCAAGCCGCCGCCGCCGCCGCUCUCGGUGCAGCUCGAGAAGCUGUCGCCGCCGCACAUUGAGAUCCUUACGGCGCCGAUCCGCGAUAUCUGCGACCAGCUCACGCACAUGCAGUUCAACAUCUCGAUCCCGACCGCGGCUGAAGUCACGGCCAUGGGCAAGGACGUAUUUUACUACAAGCUCUGGGAGGCGGAGAGCAUCAGCAUGGGCAUCUUCUUCAUGCCGCCCGGAUCCAAGAUUCCUCUCCACGACCACCCGUUCAUGUCGGUCGUCACGCGAGUACUGUACGGCUCGUUCCACCUCAAAGCGUACAACUUGCUCGAGCACGAUCAAGUAGAUGACCAAGGAGCCCCGCUCCUUCUCGCCAAGCAGACGCGGAACAAGCACGUUACUGCACCGUGCACGAUGGAUCUGAACCCGUGGCAGCACAACCUGCACGAACUCGUGGCCGAAGGCGCAAUAGGCUGCGCUGUCUUUGACGUCACGAUCCCGCCCUACGACGACCUCGAUCGCCAUGGAAACCACUACAAGGUCAUCAAGCCCCAAGAAGACAUGGAAGACGUGUUUGUGCUCCAGACCACUGAGGGGCCCCACGCAUAAAUCUGCCUCAUUUAAUCCUAUUGCACCUAUUUCCA